AUCAUCUAUUUAAACGUUUUCUCCCUCAUUUUGGAUCAUCAUUAUCAUCAUAUUUUCAUCAUCAAAACGUUAUAGAAGCAAUGAAAAUCCUUCAACAAUUUAGUAUGUGUUCGGGUACUUAAUUAGUUGAUUAUCUUGCUGGUUCCUUUUUCAGUGUUUAUAUUAUUUUCAAUUGUUUGCCAAUGGUUAAAAGAUUAACCAACCAUUCAAUUUAAGUGUUUACUCAUCUCCAUAUAAUCACCACCGUUUUCAUCAUAAUCUUGGAUUAACCUUGAUUAUUUUACCUGUUUUACUAAUUAUGGAUGAAUCUAAAUCCAGUGUUAAUCUUAAUAAAGAUGAUUUAAUCCACUAUGGAGCAGUUAAUCCUGUUUAUGAAGGUGGAAAUAGCUCUUCAGAUAAACAACAUGUCAAAAAUAGAUCAAGUUCAUUUCGAGAAGCCAAUGAUGAGGUGGAUCGAACUGAUUUAACCUUUCAACCUGAUGAUAAAAAAUUAGAAACUUAUUUCAAUGAAUGUAUUGAAAUUCCUCCUCCAAAUGAUUACAAUUUUAGCUGGAGGCGAUUAUGGCAAUUCACUGGUCCUGGUUUCCUUAUGAGUAUCGCUUAUCUUGACCCUGGUAACAUUGAAUCUGAUCUUCAGGCUGGUACAGUUGCUCAAUAUCAUCUAUUGUGGGUGUUAAUGUGGUCCACUUUUUUGGGGCUUUUAAUGCAACGAUUAGCGGCUCGUCUUGGAACCGUAACUGGUUUACAUCUUGCUGAACUUUGUUAUCGUCGUUAUCCUAAAUUACCAAGGAUCUUAUUAUGGAUUAUGAUUGAAAUCGCCAUCAUUGGUUCGGAUAUGCAAGAGGUUAUCGGAACUGCCAUAGCGAUAAACAUUCUUACACAAGGUCGAAUAUCAGUUUUUGUCGGAGUAUUAAUAACGAUCUGUGACACAUUUACCUUUCUAUUUCUGGAUAAAUAUGGACUAAGGAAACUCGAAGCCUUCUUUGGUCUACUCAUCACCAUCAUGGCCUUUACUUUUGGUUAUGAAUUUUUCAGAGUAAAACCUGACCCUGUUAGCGUUGGUUCUGGACUUUUAAUUCCUUGGUGCGCUAACUGUCAAUACGGAGCAUUAAUGCAAGCAGUCGGAAUAAUAGGUGCAAUCAUCAUGCCUCACAAUCUUUACCUUCACUCGGCUUUAGUCAAGUCUAGGAAAAUUGAUCGCUCCAAUGCCGCCGAGGUGAAAGAUGCCAAUAGAUACGUUUUCAUUGAAGCCUUUAUUGCGCUGGGAGUUUCUCUGCUAAUAAACAUUUCCGUCACAUCGGUGUUUGCUCAUGGAUUGUACGGUGUCACCAAUUCUCAAGUGAAUGCUCAAUGCUCUGGAAUCAAUUAUCCAAUUCCUAACGGUACUUUCCCAAAUAAUGACGAACUCGUUGAUGCUGAUCUAUUCAAAGCUGGAAUUUAUCUUGGUUGUUACUUUGGUUUACCUGCUCUCUACAUUUGGGCUGUCGGUAUAUUUGCUGCUGGUCAAAGUUCAACAAUGACCGGAACAUAUUCUGGUCAAUUUGCUAUGGAAGGUUUUCUUGACCUUCAUUGGGCUCGAUGGAAACGAGUCCUUCUCACCCGAACCAUUGCCAUUUGUCCAACUCUUUUUAUCGCCUACUACCGACAACAAGAUUUAACGGGAAUGAAUGACCUUUUAAAUACUCUAAUGUCCUUACAAUUACCUUUUGCCUUGUUACCAACACUCACCUUUACCUCAUCUAAAAAAGUGAUGGGUCAAUUUAGAAACGAUUUUACCAAUAUAAUGAUUGCAUCGAUACUUUCAAUUGUCGUCAUAUCGAUUAAUAUUUUUUUCGUUGGCUCAUUUGUUAAAGACAAUUUUCCCGUCACGUGGUGGGUCAUCCUGUUAACGCUGAUAUUUGUCAUCUUUUACCUUAUUUUCGUUGUUUAUCUAGUUGGUUGUUUCUUAGUAGUAAUUGGUUGCGAUUGGUUAACAGUUCUACCGAUUGUUGGUAAACACAUGAGGGAAGAACAUUCAAUUGAACAUGAACAUUUAGCCGGUGAAAAUUCACCUUCAGAUCGAGGACAAUCACCAUCUCCAUUAGCUUAAUUAUCUUGACUAAUUUAUAUAAUAUAAAUACUAAUUUGAAGUAAUUAACUCUCUCUCUCUUUCUCUCUUUUCUUUUCCAAUACUAAUACCUAAUGGAUGUAAAAAAAACACAGAAAAACAAUCAAAUUGAGUCGGAAGAGAAUCAAAUGAUUACAUCAACUGUAAACAGUAUUUUUUAUAACCGAAAGAAACAAAUAAUCAUCACUCGAAUUGAUGUUUACAAAACUUUUUUUAUACUUAGAACUUUUUUCCUCCUCGAAGACAAUUCCAAUCUACCGAUUAUAAUUGCUUUUUCUACCUUUUUUUGUUGUUGUUUGUUCCUCUUUUAAUUUGUAUAAAUCAUUUCGUCCUCUUAAUUGUAUCAAGUUUACACUAAUUGUCUUCUUAUACUCAUAUUGGAUUCUAAUUUAUCCCAUUUGAUGUGAUUGAAAAUCUAUUAAAAGCUUAUUAAUUUUCAA